UGGUAAGAGUUUUCCAUCACAAUUACCCACCCCGUAUGUUGUUUUUCCACGCGCAUCGAUCCGCGUGUAAGCGCGUGAAAUUUGAACACAGAUCUCUUUUCUCGUCUCGGUCUCCCCUCCCUAUUUCUCUUCCUCGUAGUGGUUAUUCCCUCUUUCUCCCCUGGAAUUUCGUCUUCCAACAGUUUUCAACUCUUUGUUUUUUCUAACACAAAACAAUUUAUCACAUCACUGAAACACAAUAACUGAGCUUUACCCAGUUUCCAAUAUCGGCCUCUCUAGAUCGCCGGCCUCCGCCAUGGAAGCUCGCCGGGAUUCCCAGCGGCGGCCCCGGCCGGUUCAAUGUACCACGUCGUUACACGCCAAAAUCAACUCUGGAUCCUGAACCAGCAACUGGGUCUUCCCUAAAUUGUCUAAAGUUCGAAGCUUUUUUUCUAGGCCGCAAUGGCGGCUACUAACGCCUCUACUCCGCCGCCGCCUACGGCAGUGGAGUCUGGCAGUUCCUCAGCUGAUGAGCUGACUGCCAAAGCCGUACACAAGCGAUACGAAGGACUGCUGGUGGUACGGACCAAGGCUAUAAAGGGUAAAGGCGCUUGGUACUGGGCACACCUCGAGCCCAUCCUCGUCCACAACACUGACACUGGUUUGCCUAAAGCCGUUAAACUCAGGUGCUCCUUAUGCGACGCCGUUUUCUCUGCCUCCAACCCUUCCAGGACCGCCUCCGAGCAUCUCAAGCGCGGCACUUGUCCCAAUUUCAACUCUCUGCCCAAACCCAUUUCCUCCGUUUCCCCUUCUUCUUUUUUAUCUCCUGCUCCCACUUCUCCGCCUGCCCUUCAACACAUCAACCGCAAACGAACCUCCUCUGCCGCCGCCGCCGCAGGUGGAGGCGGUAGUGGUGGGUCUUCUUACCAAGUCUCACCUCUUGCGAUUGUGGAUCCUUCGCGGUUCUGUGGCGAGUUGAUGUAUUCUCAAUCAGUGGCGACGGCGGCCAGUGGCGGUGGCGGCGGCAGCGGUGGGGGUCUGUUGGCGCAGCAGCCACAUUUGAUGUUAUCGGGAGGGAAAGAGGACUUGGGGGCGUUGGCUAUGUUGGAGGACAGUGUGAAGAAGCUAAAGAGUCCAAAGACUUCUCCUGGGCCAACGCUGAGCAAGACGCAGAUUGACUGCGCCCUCGAUUUUCUCGCCGAUUGGGUUUACGAAUCCGGCGGCUCUGUAUCGUUUUCAAGCCUGGAACAUCCGAAAUUCAGGGCGUUUCUCAACCAAGUUGGACUACCCUCGAUUUCUCGCCGGGAAUUUACGAGUUCGCGGUUGAAUUUGAAAUUCGAGGAGGCGAAAGCAGAGUCGGAAGUUAAGAUUCGUGAUGCGAUGUUUUUCCAGCUCGCUUCCGAUGGGUGGAAGGAUAAAAACUACGCUGUUUUUGGCGUCGAUAAGCUUGUGAAUCUCACCGUGAAUCUCCCCAAUGGUACUAGCUUAUACCGGCGGGCUGUGUUCGUCAGUGGCUCUGUUCCUUCUUCCUACGCUCAGGAAAUUUUGUGGGAAACCGUUGCUGAUAUCAGUGGGAAUGUGGUUCAACAGUGUGUAGGGAUUGUAGCAGACAAGUUCAAGGCUAAAGCGCUUAAGAAUUUGGAGAAUCAAAAUAACUGGAUGGUCAAUCUCUCUUGUCAGCUUCAGGGCUUUUCAAGUUUAGUUAAGGAUUUCAGCAAGCAGCUCCCAUUGUUCAAGACUGUGACUGAGCAUUGUAUAAAGCUUGCUAAUUUCGUCAAUUACAAGUCUCAGGUUCGUAAUUGCUUCCAUAAAUUUCAGCUGCAAGAGUACGGCCACGCCGCUUUGCUCCGAGUGCCUCCUCGCGACCAUGAGAAGCUCAACUCUGGUCCUGUUUUCACUUUAAUGGAUGACAUUCUCAGCUUCUCUCGAGCUCUGCAGCUGGUCGUGCUCGACGAAACCUGCAAAAUCGCUUCCAUGGAGGACCCGAUCGCUCGAGAAGUAGCAAAGUUGAUUGGGGAUGUGGGGUUCUGGAAUGAAUUGGAGGCAGUUCAUAGUUUGGUUAAAUUGGUAACAGAAAUGGCUGUUGAGAUUGAGAAAGAUAGGCCAUUGGUUGGGCAAUGCCUCCCAUUGUGGGAUCAGCUGAGGGCGAAAGUGAAGGAUUGGUGUUGUAAGUUUCAGAUUGUUGAAGGGCCUGUUGAGAAAGUGAUCGAAAAGAGGUUCAAUAAAAACUACCACCCGGCUUGGGCGGCGGCGUUUAUCCUUGAUCCAUUGUAUUUGACAAGGGACACGAGCGGGAAGUACCUGCCGCCAUUCAAAUGCCUCACUCCUGAUCAAGAGAAGGACGUGGAUAAGCUGAUAACCAGGCUGGUGUCGAGGGAGGAAGCUCACAUUGCAUUAAUGGAGCUGAUGAAAUGGAGGACAGAAGGGCUUGAUCCAGUUUAUGCAAGAGCUGUACAAAUGAAGGAAAGGGACCCUGUAAGUGGGAAGAUGAGAGUGGCUAAUCCACAAAGCAGUAGGCUUGUUUGGGAAACUUAUCUUACAGAAUUCAAGUCAUUAGGGAAGGUUGCAGUGAGGCUGAUUUUCCUUCAUGCCACUUCCUGUGGUUUCAAAUGCAACUGGUCUAUGUUGAGAUGGAUGUCUUCUCAUACUCACCAAAACCCUGGAAUGGAGAGGGCACAGAAGUUGAUAUUCAUUUCAGCUCAUUCCAAGCUCGAGCGCAGGGAUUUUUCCAGCGACGAAGACAAGGAUGCCGAGCUUUUCUCCCUACCCAACGGUGAGGAUGACGUUCUUAACGAUGUUUUCGCCGAUACAUCCUCGGUGUAACGGUUUUCGAUUUUUAUUUUUAAUUUUUUCUUCUUCUUCUUCUUCAGAUUCUUAGGAUUUAUUGAAUUCUUUUCACUGUGUUCGAUUUUGGGGAAAUGUAGGGUGGAAGAAACAGGGUUGUUCAUAUGAGAUUGACUUUUGUAUUCCUCGAAAUGCAUCGGCUUAUCCAUAUUGUUCUAUUUUUCCAUGUCA